AUGCCCGAGAGCGAGUCUUCCACUGGCGACCGCCGGUUGUUGCUGGUAUCUAACCGUCUCCCAAUUACGAUAAAACGAAAAGAUGAGGGAAACUACGACUUCUCUAUGUCUUCUGGAGGUCUAGUCACUGGGUUGAGCGGUCUGAGCAAAACGACAAGCUUCCAAUGGUACGGCUGGCCUGGCCUGGAAGUCCCCGAAGCCGAAGUACCUGUAGUAAAACAGCAACUCAAGGACCAAUAUAAUGCGCACCCUAUAUUCGUCGACGAUGAACUUGCCGACAGACAUUAUAAUGGCUUCUCAAACUCGAUCCUUUGGCCGCUUUUCCACUACCAUCCCGGCGAGAUUACCUUCGAUGAGAACGCUUGGGCAGCUUACAAGGAGGUUAACAGGCUGUUUGCCAAGACGGUUCUGAAAGACGUUCAAGAUGGGGAUCUGAUCUGGGUACACGACUACCAUCUCAUGCUCUUACCUGAAAUGUUGCGUAAUGGGUUGGGUGACCGAAAAGACGUGAAGAUCGGUUUCUUCCUCCACACCCCAUUUCCCAGUAGCGAAAUCUACCGCAUCCUUCCUGUUCGCGAAGCAUUACUCGAAGGUCUUCUACAAUGCGACCUGAUAGGCUUCCACACCUACGACUACGCUCGUCACUUCCUCAGCUCCUGCUCGCGUAUUCUAGAGGCCCCGACUACACCAAAUGGCGUCGAUUACAGGGGAAAAUUUGUAACGGUCGGAGCGUUCCCCAUUGGAAUAGAUCCGGAUAAAUUCGUCGAAGGAUUAAAGAAGCCGAAAGUUCAGGAGCGGAUCGCCUCACUGUCUCGCAAAUUUGAAGGUGUAAAGUUGAUUGUAGGUGUCGAUCGUCUUGACUACAUCAAAGGUGUUCCGCAGAAGCUGCACGCUCUCGAGGUGUUCUUGACGGAGCACCCAGAGUGGAUCGGCAAGAUCGUGCUUGUGCAAGUGGCCGUGCCCUCAAGACAAGACGUCGAAGAAUAUCAGAAUCUUAGAGCGGUCGUCAAUGAGUUGGUAGGAAGGAUUAAUGGUCGGUUUGGAACGGUCGAGUUCAUGCCCAUCCACUUCUUACACCAAAGUGUCCAGUUUGACGAACUGUGCGCCCUAUAUGCGGUUUCGGAUGUCUGCCUCGUCAGUUCUACGCGAGACGGAAUGAACCUUGUAUCGUACGAAUAUAUCGCAACUCAGAAAAACCGCCACGGUGUUAUGAUCCUCUCCGAGUUUACGGGCGCUGCCCAAUCGUUGAACGGCAGUCUGAUUGUGAACCCCUGGAACACAGAAGAGCUUGCCAAUGCGAUCCAUGACGCAGUUACCAUGUCCCCCGAGAUGCGCGAAGCCAAUUAUCGCAAGUUGGAGAGAUAUGUCUUCAAAUAUACCUCAGCGUGGUGGGGCCAAAGCUUUGUUAACGAGUUAACCAAAGUUAGCAGCGCCCAUAGCCACGGGGUUGACAGUAAGGCUGGCCCAGACGCGAAGCCGAUGCUAACCAGCGAUGUUGGUCGCGCAUUGUCGGGGGUAUUUGAGAGUGUCAAGGCUGCUACUAGUGCAGCUGCUCCAUCGGGUGGCGCCCUUGGUUUACUGAAAUAA